GUAUAUAUUUGCAGGCAGCCCUGGAGGGACCAUCUCGAGAGCAGAGUGGGAGCAGGCAGCCUGCAGACUCCAGACACCUCCACCAUGACCACGGCAGGGAUUUUGGUGCUCCUCUCCUUCGCGCUUUGCUGCGUCCCAGAUACUGCCUUUGGGAUUGAGGUGGACUGCAGUUCAUAUCCCAACAUCACAAACGAGGAGGGCAGGGAGGUGCUGGUCUGCAGCGAUGUCGUCAGGCCCAUCUGCGGUUCCAACAGAAUCACCUACGGCCACGAGUGCCUGCUCUGUGCCUACAACAAAGAAUAUGGAACCAAUUUCAGCAAAGACCACGACGGAGAAUGCAAGGAAGCUGCCCCUGUGGAUUGCAGCAGGUACCCCAACACAACCAAUGAGGAGGGCAAAGUGGUGUUGCUCUGCAGCCAAGACCCCAGCCCUGUCUGCGGGACCAACUGGGUCACCUACGACAACGAGUGCCACCUCUGUGCCCGGAACCUAGAGUCUGGAACCAAUGUUGGCAAGAAGACUGACGGUGAAUGCAAGAAGGAAAUUGUCACAGUUGACUGCAGUGACUACCCCAAACCUGUCUGCCCAGGUGACUACAUGCCUGUCUGUGGCUCUGACAGCACAACAUACAACAAUAAGUGCACCUUCUGCAACGCAGUCGUGGACAGCAAUGGGACUACCACUUUAAGCCAUUUUGGAAAAUGCUGAGUAUCAGUGCCAAGAGAAUUCACCACAGGAUCCCCACUGGCAAAUCCCAGCUAAAGAUCUCACCUCAGUUCAUCUCACCCUCUGGGGAACUCAGCUCACUCCCAAUUUUCUUUCUCAAUAAACUAAAUCAGCAACA